AUGGUCAAACAUUGUAUGAUUUGUGGCAACGUCGAAGGCGUGGAUGGCGUUUCAGUGCAUGGUUUUCCAGCAAAUGUCGAUCGGAAGCGUCAAUGGGUGAUGUUCGCCGAGGACAAUGGUGUCAAUGCUCGACAGAUAUUGGCUCACUCCAAGCUCUGUUCAAGGCAUUUUGUUGCCGGUCGUGAUUACUACGGAGGAGCCGUACAUCGCCGUCGACUAACUGUUGGAGCAGUGCCGUCAGUAGUGCUUGGGGACGUCGAGAUGGAAGAGAGGGAGGACGUGGAGAUCGUCGGCGUCCCAGUGGAGGGUGUGGAGUAUGUGGAAGUCGUUGGUGUCCCAGUGGACGUAGGGGAUGAUGUGGAAGGAGUGGAGGUGGUGGAGGACAUGGAAUUUGUCGAGGUCCUGAUGGAAGGUGUGGAGGAAGUGGAGGACGAGGUGGUCCAGAUGGAAGUGGUGGAGGACGUGGAAUUUGUUGAGGUCCAGAUGGACGGAGGGGAUGACGUGGAAGUGGUAGAAGUCCAGAUGGAAGGAGGGGAGGACGUGGAAGUGGUAGAAGUGCAGAUGGACGAAGUGCAAGCGGAACUGGAGUUUGUGGACAUGCUCGACGAGUUGCAGCCAGACGUCGACGAAGAGUUCCGACCACUUGCCGUGGGUGAACAACCCCGAGGGCGUGCGCCAAUAAUUGACAGGCCGGCAGGCGUGACACACCCGCUUCCAGAGCAGCACAACGCGGGCGCGUUAAACAGAAUCUGCACACAGUGUAACGCCCGCCACUUCGAAGGCGAGGUUGUGGGCCAGGGUGCCAAUAUGCACUUCUCCACUUGCUGUAACAACGGUCAAGUGACCGCUGCAGGACAGCACGCGUUGUUGCCCGCCCCUUUUUUACUAAUGAGUUUGUUGAUUGGAGAUUCACAGGAUGGUCGUAGAUUCCGAGACGACAUUCGGUACAACAACGCCCUGGCAUUCGCUGCGUUUAGCUGUGGCACAGACGACAGGCGUUUGCGAGGGCGUGGACCGCGAACGAUGUGUAUCCAAGGCCAAACUUAUCAGAGGAUAAAUAAUGACGUGGCCGUUGACCGAGUAGAUGCCAACUACUGUCAGUUGUAUUUCCUCGAGUCCGCAGAGGCCAACGCCCGCCGCGUUGGGAUGGCUCUGCAGAGAAAUCAUCGUGAACUGUCCGUAGUUGUGAUGGGACUAUUGGAAAGUUUUCUGCGAGACGUAAAUCCGUACGCAAUGGCUUUUAAGAACAUGCGUGAGGUGUGGCUGGCAGAACGAGACCUAGCCGACGCCGAUCCCGCAGGUGUGCGACCUAGGCCAGUGACGAUGCAUUUUGUCCGAGAUGCGGCCCGGGACGACGGGCGAAACAACCUGCCCACCGCAAACGAAGUUGCGGCCGUGUUCGUAGGUGAAGGGGGUCGUCCGCCAAGAGACAUUAAUCUGGUCAUCUACGAUACGAAUCCAAUCAACCCGCAACACAGGAUGCAAACCAUACCAGCGGGGUCGUGUCACUCGGAUCCGAUGUUGUAUCCGCUGUUUUUCCCGUACGGCGAGGCCGGUUGGCAUAACGGGAUGUUGCAAGCGGGCAACCGACGAAACAAUGUCCGCAAUCGCAACAGUAUCAGAGAGUAUCAGAGAGACCAAAGGCAUGAACUGUUUAGUUUAUUACAUCAAGGUCGGUUCUUGUUGCAGAUGUAUGUGUGCGACCAGUAUGUUCGAAUGGAGUCGAACAAUCUGAACUACAUACGUUUGCACCAGAGGGAUCUCCUCGCCGAAGCGUAUCAAGGGCUCAUGGACCAUGUGAACCAACAGCUCCACGUCGAUCCCAUGGCGGUCGGGCGUAGGGUCAUAUUGCCGUCGACGUUCACGGGUGGCUACCGAUUCAACAAGAUGAAUUAUCAAGACGCCAUCACCAUAGUGCGUACCAAAGGGAAACCCGACCUGUUCAUAACGUUUACGUGCAAUCCCAGGUGGCCAGAGAUCACUGAAUACUAUUUAGAUUUUCUUAAAAAAUAUUUGAUAUUUAACGUGGUCGGAAUUUCCGGCCGCGUUUAA